AACGGCUGGCAAUUGAUGACAGAGUUAUUGGCGGAACGGUGGUCGGUCGACGUCGGUUCGGCCAGGCGACCGCCGGAUGGCACCACUAGUAUCGUUUCCAGCCGAAAGCGGUCGAGUCUAGAUUUGAGAGCGAGGCGACGUGGAAACUUGAUUGACAGUUUCUACCCUAACCUCAAAUCGGAGCGCCAUACAAUGAGUCUCCCGCGGCACGCUCAAUUCAUCAGUCGUACGAUCUUCGUUCAGAACAACGACGUGGAGAAGGCGUGCCGCAUAUUAAAUCGCAUAUUAUCCAAGGAGGACAUCUUCGGCCAGUACAGGCGCACCAGGUACUACGAGAAGCCGACCCAGGUCAGACGUAGGAUUAACUUUGAGCACUGCAAGUCGAUCUACAACGAGGACAUGGACAGAAAGAUCAAGUUCCUUUUACGGAAGAAUAGAGUAGAUCCUUUCCCUGGUGCAUCGUCGUAGGAUUAUAAACCCCACAUCCUAGAUCACACAAUUGGAAAUCUAUCUACAAGAUCUUGGUACAUGAUUUAUUUAUAAAUAAAUACUACCUCCCAGAGAAAUAUAUAGGAAAUAUGUUCUACAUGUAA